AUGGCAGACCAAAAAGCAUUACACAUGUCUCCCGGGAUUCCUCAUAAAGGAAGUAGACCGGCGGAUCUCAAUUACCCUAGGUGGUUCGGCGGGUCUGCUUCAUGUAUGGCGGUGUUGCUUUCGCAUCCUUUUGAUCUCAUCAAAGUUCGAAUGCAGAUGGUACCAAACGGGGCCAAAGAGGGGUUUAUUCGAACUGGAUUUCAUAUUAUUCAAAAUGAGGGAACGAGAGGGUUAUACCAUGUAACAUAUGGAACGUCUCGAAUUGCUCUGUACGAAGAGCUGAAACUGUCAGCCAAAAAAUCGGACCAGCCUCUUACAGUCCCAAUUUUGGCUAUAAUGGCAGCAGUCUCAGGAUUUGCAGGUGCUAUCAUCGGCACACCUUCGGAUAUCGCCAACGUGAGAAUGCAAAACGACCGUUCUUUAGCUGUUCAAAACCGUCGCAACUAUAAGAACGUCUUCGAUGCGUGGAUUCAAAUGAAGCGCCACGAGGGUUGGAGGGCAUUCACUCAGGGACUCUGGACGAAUUGCUUCCGUUCUGGAAUUAUGACAGCAAGUCAGCUGGCCUCGUACGAUGCAUUCAAAAGAUUGCUGCAAAGUAUCGCCAAUACGAAUGAAGAGAGACCAUCAAUCCACUUCAGUGCGUCAGUGCUGGCUAGCUUGGUUGCAACAUCGAUCUCGAGUCCAAUGGAUGUGAUUCGAACCCAGUUGAUGAGUUCUUCGCAGAAGAAAUCCGUCUUGAAUAUUGUGAGGCAGCUUACGCGGGACGAAGGAUUCCGAUGGCUAUUCCGGGGCUGGACUCCUAGUUUUAUUCGAUUGGGGCCUCAGACAAUUGCUACAUUGGUGGCGUUAGAACAGCAUAAACGGAUUUAUCGGUUGAUCAAGACGGGGAGAGACUAG